AUGAAAACUUGUUAUUAUGAGCUAUUGGGAGUUGAAGUAACUGCGACGGACAAUGAGCUCAAAAGAGCUUAUCGACGGAAGGCGUUGCAACUCCAUCCUGAUAAAAACCCAGAUGACAUAGAAGGUGCAACUGCUAGGUUUGCAUUGGUAAGGUCAGCUUAUGAAGUCCUUUCUGAUCCCCAGGAGAGGUCAUGGUAUGAUUCACAUAAAUCUCUGAUUUUGAGAGAUGAUGAUAUCACGGAGAAUUAUGGUGAAGACAUGAUUGUGCCAAGUAUUUCAGUUGAUGAGGUUAUGAAGUACUUCAACUCCUCGUUGUAUAAUAAAAUCGAUGACUCUCUAUCAGGAUUUUAUAAUGUUGUUGAGAGGUUCUUUGAGCGAUUAGCAGCUGAGGAGGUGACUCAUGCCAAAUUCCAAGGUUUAGGAGAAUAUGAUAAGUUCAGAGAUGAUGCCAAUAACGUGAAUGUACUUGAUGAAUCGGUUCUCUUAUAUCCUAGAUUUGGGCGAAGUAAUGAUGAUUACGUUAAUAAAGUCAAGCCCUUCUAUAAUUCUUGGUCAUCAUUCCAGACUAUUAAAACCUUCAACUGGAAAGAUGAAUAUAGAUAUUCUACGGCACCUGAUCGUAGGACUCGUCGUUUGAUGGAGAAAGAGAACAAGCGAGCGAGGGAUAUUGCCAGAAAGGAGUUCAACGAGGCCGUGAGGAGUCUUGUUUCUUUUAUAAAGAAAAGGGAUCCAAGGGUCAAGCAAGGUAUAAAAGAUCUCGAAGCCACGAGGAAAAGAAAACAAAAAGAGGCUAAAGCAAUUCAAAUGCAACAAAAUCAUGAAGAGAACUUGAAAAACAUUGCUAGAGCACGUAAUUUCGAAGUUCAAGAUUGGCAGAAGCUAUCUCAAGAAGAGGUUAGAGAGUUAGAGCUCAUGAUGGAAGAAGAGUUCCUUUCGAGCUCUGAAAGUGAGUUCGAUGAGUUUGAUAAUCCUGAAGACGAACCUCAAUUAUUCGAAUGUCUCAUAUGUCAAAAAAUAUUCAAAAAUGAAAAUCAGUUUCAUGUUCAUGAGCGCUCUAAUAAACAUAAGAAGCAAGUAAAGAAGUUCAAAUGGGAAAUGAGAAAAGAGGGUAUAGAGUUGGGCAUUGAUCAGGAGAAUCCUGAAUCGGAAACUUUUGAAACCGCAUCCAGUGGUGAAAGUGAUUUCAGUUCGUUAGGCUCCGAAAACAAAGAUACAGAAGCCCGAAUGGAUGAGCGAUCACCUGAUUAUUAUGACAAUAAUUCGGUAAAUGAUAAUUUGAAAUCAGAAGUAGAAGAUAGAAACGAUUUAAGAUACGAAGUUGAUGAUUUGAUAGAGAGUGAUAAUGAUAACUUAGGUUCAGAUGAAACGAGGCGUGAGUUGUCGAAGAAGAAACAAAAAAGGUAUCAAAAUAAUAGCCUGGAAGCACCAGUACAAAAUACUUUAGAAGAUGAAUUGGCACAGUUGACAGGCGAGAUAUCAUUAAGUGGUAAUGAAGAGGAGAGCUGGGAGAAGAACUCAAGUAAGAAGAAAAAAUCAAAGAAGAAGAAAAAUCAUAUUCCUCUCAAUUCAUCUUCAAACUUAAGUGAUAAGUCAAAUGACAAGGUAGAUAAAUCCUUCAACGAAUCGUGCUCUGUGUGUGGCUUGGGGUUUUCAUCGAGGAAUAAGCUAUUUCAACAUGUCAAAUCUACUGGGCAUGCUGCUCCAGUUAAACAGGUUUACGGGAAGAAAGGGAAAAGAGUGAAUUAA